AUGGCCUGCAGCCCUCGAGCAGAACUGCAGGAUCCAGAGGCUUCCUGCAGCGACGGCGAGGAAGAGAUCAGCCCCUGGAGCCUGUGGUGCGAGGAGGCUGAACAGGGAGUCUGGCCGCGGGACUUCGCCUUCCUCCUGCGCAGCCGAAGCCGGAGUCCGCGCCGCCGCCCAGGGCGCCUCGCGCGUUCAGUCGAGGAUGCCGCACCGGAGUCGCCACCGCGGCCCACUUUGGAGCUGGAAAGGCCGUGGAGGCAAGUUCUCUCGUUGGCCCCUUUUGCACAUGCUGCCGCGCAACCGUCGCAGCAGACCGCUACGCUUCUGCAAGAGGAGGGAGCCCAGACCCAGCGUAUCUCCAAGGAGACAUGGCGUGAUGAGAGGACGCCACAUGCUUUUGGCGAGGGCUACGAACAGAAGACUUUCCUCGCCACGUUGACUGCAAAUCCGCUUCUUUGUAAGGCGGAAUGA